AUGGCCAUCACUUUUCUCAACUUAGUUCUUCUCAUCAUCUUCCAUUCUUCUAUGACUACUUUCUCUCUGAAAUCAACCACCAUAGUUACAGACCAAUCAGCACUUCUUGAAUUGAAAAACCAUAUCAGUCACGACCCUGAAAAUGUAUUAGCAACUAAUUGGUCAGUCUCCACCCCUGUUUGCAAUUGGUUCGGUGUCAGUUGCGGAUCCAAGCACCGCAGAGUCACAGCUCUGGACCUCACCGGGUUGGGACUCUCUUUGGUAACACAGCUUCAGUGGAGAAAUCCCAUCGUGGUUGGGAUCUUUAACUCAACUUCGAACGCUGAUUUUGUACCAAAACAGCUUCCAAGGUGUUAUCCCAUUCUCUUUAGGCAAUUUGUCAAAGCCAGAGAAGUUGAGCUACCAGAUUAUAGGCUUUCUGGUGGAAUUCCAGCUAAUUUAUUCAAGGGCAGAGAGUUGCAAGUUUUAUCCAUAUCGUAUAACCAAUUGGAGGGGAAGCUACAAGGAGAAAUUGGCAAUUUGAGUAAGCUUCAAUGCUUAGCUAUUGAUCAUAAUCACUUCCAAGGUAAUGCCUCCAAGCUCACUUUGCUUGAAAUGUCAAGUAAUUACUUUUCGGGGUCCAUUCCUAAUGAUCUUGGGAAUCUACGAAAUUUAAGGUCACUCAACCUGGAGGAAAAUAAUUUGAUUUCCUUGGAAAUGAGAUUUCUCUCUUCUUUGACAAACUGCAGAGGCUUAGAGAAGUUGAAAUUCGGCCACAACCCAUUGAUUAGUGGUGAACUUCCAGGUUUGUUAGGGAAUCUCUCAGGUUCUCUUCAGAUCUUCUAUGGUUUUCGGUGCAACAUUAGUGGUAGGAUCCCGAGUGAACUUGGUAACUUAAGUAGCUUGAUAAGGGUCGAGCUAGCCAACAAUAAAUUGGCGGGAUCCAUUCCCCCCACAAUCGGAAGAUUAAAAGAGUUGCAGGGUCUUUCUCUUGAGGACAAUAAGUUAGAAGGAGCUUUUAAGAGCUUCGAUGUUGAAUGUGAAGUUCUCCGCAAUAUUCGUCACCGGAAUUUAAUCAAAAUCAUUAGUAGCUGCUCUAAUGAUUUUGAUUUCAAAGCCUUAGUGCUUGAGUUCAUGCCUAAUGGGAGUCUUGAUAAAUGGUUGUAUUCCGAUAACCAUUCUCUGGACAUCCUACAAAGGUUGAACAUACUGAUACAUAUUGCAUCCGCUCUGUAAUAUCUUCAUCAUGGUAAUGAAACACCCAUUGUUCAUUGUGAUUUGAAAACCAGCAAUGUUCUGUUAGAUGAAGAUAUGGUUGCACGUUUGAGUGAUUUUGGAAUUGCAAAACUCUUAUGCAACGAGGACUCGAUGAAUCAAACCAUGACAAUGGCGACAAUUGGGUAUAUGGCACCAGAGUAUGGAAUAGAUGGAAUUGUUUCGACAAAAGGCGACGUGUAUAGUUUUGGUAUUCUUUUGAUGGAAACCGUCACGAGAAAAAAACCCACAGAUGAAAUGUUUGCAGGAGAAAGAAGCUUGAAGAGUUGGGUGAAAGAGUCGAUAUCAAAUCCGCUAAUUCAAGUUGUAGACAUGAAUCUGCUUAGCACUAAUGAGGGGGGAACGUUCAGCAAUCAACAACUGUGCCUUGUUCAUUUUGCAAGUCGGCUUAGAAUGUUCAGCAGAAGUACCAGAUGAGAGGAAUGAUAUGAAAGAGAUUGUGAUAAAGCUAAAGAAGAUCAAAGUGAAGUUUCUAGAUGAUAUUAAACGGAAACGAUGAAGAGGUUGUUGUUAAUUUAACUAAAAUAAACAUGAGAUUUAUUUCCAAACAAUAUCUUUGAUAAUUAUUUAUCAAGCUAUUUGAGCUUUGUUUAUGUUAAC